UUUGUCUACAGUCUCCUUAUGACUGAACGUACUGUCCAAGUCUUCCAGUUUGAUCGGGGCGGUGUCGUGUAUUCUCGUCCUGUCAAUAUUCAUCAAGAGGCAGAAACGUUUGUGAAGAUUAUUCUGGCGCUGUCCACUGCGGAUGAGGGUAAACUGGGCUUCGACACUCGUAUCCAGUGGCACGGCCAUUACCGGUAUUUCUGCACAGCAGUGGACGGAGGAAGCAAGUACAUGAUCUAUAGUCCCUUCAACUGGGGUGACAGGAUACUACGGGGGAAGGCAACAAAAUGCUGGUACACGCAGAACCAGGACGGUGAGGAGCUCCUCCUUAAAUUUGCUUGGAGAACCCCCGAGCGCGGCCUAGAGUGGGAGUUCCUGGAGAAGAUUGCAGAAAACCCUAUCCCCGGCGUUGCUGAGGUUGUCUGUCGCUCGCAACCUUCCGAGAUGGAGACUGUCUUUUCGCUUCGUGGCGGGAUUGGGUUUGCCGACAACGGAGAGGAAGAUGUCGACAACCGUCAAUACUAUAAUUUCUUGCAACCCUAUUAUGGCCCGUCUCUGAGGCAUGCGCCAUCUAUCCUGGUCCUCCUGGAAGCAUUCCGGGACAUAAUCCAAGGUAACGUUAGUCUCGCCAAACGGGGCAUCGUCCAUCGGGAUAUAAGUCCUGGAAAUAUGCUCCUCAAUAAUCGGCCAGAUGCUCAUGCAGGGAGUAGAGGCAUUCUUAUUGAUUUUGACCUAGCUGCAUUUGUUGAUGGGCAGGGGAAAGGCCCAGCAGCGAGUAUGAAGAACGGCACGCGGGCCUUUCAGUCGAUCAAGGUUCUUUUGGAAAUAGGCUGUCAUGACCACUUGGAUGAUCUGGAGUCCAGCUUCUACAGUUUGUGUUGGUUGGCAUAUACUAGCGAG